GGGAGAGGUGGGGGUGCAAGUUAUAAAGGGUGAAAUUGUAAUUCAAACCAGCACACAUCUUUUAUUGGGUGGCGGAUUCCGGCUUGCACUCCCGAAAAAGUAGCCAUAAUAACCAAAGAUUUGGAGAAGGUAUUAGCCUAACAAAUACUAUCGUAUAACCGCACUCCAAUAUGGAAAGAAGCAAUUGACUUUCGCAGAUGGAAGAUAAAUUGAUUUUAAGGUAUCGUAAUUCAUGGUAAAGUGCAUCAAAAAUAUAUAUUUGUGAUAAUACUACCACUCUGUUUUCAUGGUGCCGUACAGUUCAUGUUAAAGUGCAUCAGGAAGGUGUUUUUGUGAUUAUACUAAACACUCGUUUUCCAUUACUAAUUUCAAGGUGCAUACAAUUCAUAUUAAAGUGUAUCAGAAGUGUAUUUUUGUGAUGUUACUAAACACUCUGUUAUCGUUACUCAUUUGUGGUAAUUUAAAUUUGGGUGCAUUACUAUGAUGUUCAAGUGCAUGGAACGAAUGGAAUGGUUUGAGAUAUUAAAAAACUGUAAAAUAAAAAUGAGUUUAACGUGGUUAGAUGCACACUAACUUAUGAAAAAUGCAUGUAGUCCAUAUACAAUUGUGUUAAAUAUCCCACACCGGAAAGAUUUGGAUGAACAAAGUGCUAUAUUAACACAUGGGCUACUCCUCCUAUCAGGUUGACCUUUUAGGAUGGAACCCCGUGUCUUAACAUGGUAUCAGAGCCAAAUCGAUCCAUGAUGUGGGCCCCUUAUGAAUCGUGAUGACACGAUUAUAAAAAAAUUGAUAAUUACGGCCGGAUGAAAAAAACCGGACCGAUGAAAAAAAAAUUAAUGAUGGCACGAUCCAGACGAAGUGUCUGGUCGUGAGGAGGGGUGUUAAAUAUCCCACACCGGAAAGAUUUGGAUGAACAAAGUGCUAUAUUAACACAUGGGCUACUCCUCCUAUCAGGUUGACCUUUUAGGAUGGAACCCCGUGUCUUAACAAAUUGUCAUGCAUUUUGUUGGACGCAAAUUAUAAGUUUAAAUAUAAUAAUUUCUUUGAAUUGUGGAGGUGCAGUUGAUGGAGAUGCAUGUGCUGAUGUGCACCGUGUGAACAAUUUAGUUUUAGUGGUUAGAAAAAUGAAAAGAAGAUGCACAAGCCAAAGAACCGGCCAUUAAAGUAAAGACGUUCAAAAGAUCCCUUGUGGUCACGGGAUCUUCGCACGACCUUUCUUCUCUUUGCUGAACUCCGUCUUAGGCUUAACGACGGCACUGUGAUCGGACCGGAUCCCGGUUGAACUCUCUCAGGUUGAUUGAUGGGUCCAGAGGAAGACAGGAGAAGGAGAACCCUCUUCAAAGAUCGACCUGAAUGGGCAGACGUCAGGCCUGUGCCACAAGACGAGGGGCCUAACCCUGUUGUCUCCAUAGCCUACAAUGAGGAGUUCUCCGAUGCAAUGGGAUAUUUUCGGGCAGUUUACCUCGCCGACGAGCGAUCUACCCGAGCUCUUCACCUCACUACAGAAGCCGUCGGACUUAAUCCCGGCAACUAUACUAUUUGGCAAUUUAGGCGUGUGGUGCUUGAGGCAUUGGGGUCUGAUUUGCACGAAGAAUUAGAGUUUGUUGAUCGUAUCGCGGGAGGCAACCCAAAAAACUAUCAAAUAUGGCACCACAGAAGGUGGGUUGCUGAGAAGCUAGGAACUGAUGUGGUGCAUAAGGAGCUUGAGUUCACGAAGAAAGUAUUCCAUCAGGAUGCAAAAAAUUAUCAUGCAUGGUCGCACAGGCAGUGGGUUCUUCAGACACUUGGUGGGUGGGAAGAUGAACUUUCUUAUUGUGAUGAACUACUUGAUGAUGAUAUUUACAACAACUCAGCCUGGAAUCAGAGAUACUUUGUGGUUACAAGAUCACCUCUUCUAGUUGGAGGCCUGGUAGCAAUGAGGGAGUCAGAAGUGAGAUAUGCAGUUGAAGCCAUCAAAGCUAACUCUGACAAUGAAAGCCCAUGGAGAUAUCUUCGGGGUCUUUACAAAGGCGAUGUACAAUCACUGAUGAGGGACCCUCAGGUGUCAUCGGCUGUUUUGGAGGUUUUGACUUCCAAAGCCAACAACCGUGUGCACGCCUUGAGCAUGCUGUUGGAUCUUUGGUGUCAUGGGUUUGAACCGAGCCCGGAACUGAUCAGUGCAGUUCAUGAUCUCUCUUCAUCCAACUCAUCAGAUUUAAAACUGGGGGAAAUGAUCAUUUCAAUCUUGGAAACAAUAGAUCCAAUUCGUACAAAUUAUUGGAAUUGGCGCAAAACAACUUUCCCAGCCCAAUUAAGUCACCCUCAAAAUGAGGACCGUUUGGCAGGUUUGAGUUUAUAGUAUAAAAGUACUACAUAAUCGCGCUUCCUCUUUGCUCUUUUGUCUUCAUGGACUGUAUUAUGAAAUUUAUGUGUUAUGUUAUCUAAUUAAAGAAGAAUUUACAUUCGAAGCAAUUAUGGCAACAACUUUUGCAGAUCUCCAUAUAUUUUUCAUUCUUCUCUA